CCUGCCCACGUGGGCCUUCGUGACAGCACUGGGGAAAGCGUCCGGCGAUGGCCGGGGUCCGCAAGCUGCUGCUGGAGGAGUCCCUGGCGCUGGGUCCUAACUGGCGGCACGCGUGCCACGUGCUGCUCUACGCGCCGGACACCGGGAAGCUGUUCGGCCGCAUCCCGCUGCGCUAUGCCGUACUGAUGCAGAUGCGCUUUGAUGGGCGCCUGGGCUUCCCCGGAGGUUUCGUGCAGUUGCGGGACGAAAGCCUGGAGGAUGGACUGAAUCGCGAGCUGGUCGAGGAGCUGGGCGAGGGUGCGGCCGCCUUCCGCGUGGGACGCGCCGACCACCGUAACGCGCGUGCCGCGUCCGGCCAGCACAUCGUGACCCACUUCUAUGUCAAGCGUCUGUCGCUGGAGCAGCUGGCUGCAGUGGAGAUUGCUGCCCCGCGUGCCAAGGACCAUGGGCUGGAGGUGCUGGGUCUGGUGCGGGUGCCCCUGUAUACCCUGCAUGACGGUGUGGGAGGCCUGCCUGCCUUCCUGGAGAAUACCUUUAUUGGAACUGCACGGGAGCAACUGCUAGAAACCCUCCAGGACUUGGGACUGCUGGAAUCUGGCUCUGUCUUCAAGCAUUAAGAUCUCAGUUUUUCACUAGAGGAGACCUCCAAGGACCCAUGGGACCUGAGAUCAAGACCUUUGUACUGAGGGAGGGAGAAGAAAGGGAAUGUUUUCUAUGUUGGGCUUGGGCCUGAUAGGUGGUAACAGAUUAAAAGAAGUAUGUACAAUAUGUUUUCAGCACAGGGCUCCCAGCAACUUGUGGCAUCAGGGGCAAAAGUCCGCAGCUGAUCCCAGGGGCCCUGGCAAAUUCUGAGAGCCUGCCUCUACCCCAUACAUUUGCAUGCACACAGCCUGGCAGCCUCCAGACAUGUGAAUGUACAGUCUGUGCCCACACACAAGCUAAUGCCUCCCAGACGCCCACAGUUUAGUUUAACCAGGAAGUGGCAUGUGUGGGGCCUAGGUUUUCCCAUUACCCAUCUCCUAGCUGGGGAGGAACUUCUGAACCGGGGAAGGGUCUCUUCCCAUGCUCCUACGUGAGAGUUUUGGUAAAAUAAAGGCAAACUGUCCAUUGGA